ACCAAUUCGGCGAAGUCAAACAAAAACUCGCGACUUGUUUACAUUGGUGAUAUUAAACACUUCCCCCUCCUUCCCCUCUUCCUGGACCCCAACUUCUUCACACCAUACAAAGGGACUCAAGACUCCGUCCGGUUGUGGUCAAUUUCUCUUCCUUCACCUCACUCUAGCAGGCCGCGAGUCUUUUUGCCUAUUCUUUUCCCUUCCCUUGUGGCUGGCGACACUCAUUUGGAAGCAGCCCACAACCUGGAUUCAAGGCGAGGCCGCCUACUUAUUGCAGGGACUCUGCUGCCAGCCUCUUGACAAUGGAUUCCGAUAUCUCUGAUUUUAACAAUCAUGACGAUGAGUCUGAUGGCUACUCGCCUGAGGUGAAGCCAAAGGCUAAAGCCCCAGCGAAGAAAGCCACCGCGACAAAGACAACUGCCAAGAAGAUGGUGCAAGCCAAGUUGACAGGCAUGAAGCCCACCACGAAGAAGCGCGCCAAACCCGAGAGUGAUGAUGAGGCCGAUUCCCGGAUGGACAGCGACGAAGCCGGCAAUCUAUCACAGACCCCACCCAGUGCCAAAAAGCAGAAGAAGGCCCCUGCCACAAAGAAAGCAAGCGGGAAGAUUCUCGGCGAGAUUGAGAACGACAGCAUGCAAGUCGACGGCCCAUCGGAUCCAAAGACUAAGAAGACGGCCACAGAGACUUAUCAGAAGUUGACACAGCUUGAACACAUCAUCAAGCGUCCCGACACAUACAUCGGCUCUGUAGAACGUACCACACAACAGAUGUGGGUUUUCAACAAGGAGACGAGUCAUAUGGAAAAGAGGGACGUGUCUUUUGUCCCGGGUCUCUACAAGAUCUUUGACGAGAUCCUGGUCAACGCUGCCGACAAUAAGCAGCGGGAUGGCUCGAUGACCUACUUGAAAGUCUCAGUGGACCGCUCGGAGGGACUCAUCACCGUCGAAAAUAACGGAAAGGGAAUUCCUGUCGAGAUCCACGGCACGGAGAAGGUCUACAUUCCAGAGUUGAUCUUCGGCCAUCUCCUUGCCGGGUCUAACUUUGACGACAACGAGAAGAAGACUGUUGGUGGUCGCAACGGCUACGGAGCAAAGCUUUGCAACGUCUUCAGCACACGCUUCACCAUCGAGAUCCAAGACUCUACCAACGGAAAGCGGUACAAGCAAGCCUGGACCGACAACAUGACCAAGAUGGAGAAGGCAAAGAUCACAUCCAGCAAAACGGCCGACUUUGUCCGUGUCUCCUUCAAGCCAGACUUUGCAAAGUUUGGCAUGUCCGAUGGGAUUGACGAUGAUCUGGAGGCUCUGAUCUAUCGUCGGGUCUAUGACAUGGCUGGCACAGUCAAGGACGUCAAGGUUCAUCUCAACGGAGAGGCGCUCAAGCUCGACUUCAAGAAGUACUGCACCAUGUACGCCAGAGCAAUUGCCAAGGAGCGCGAGGAUGUUGCCACCGACGACCAGCCUCCCGUUGCUACCGUGCAGUUUGAGGAUGCCAGUGCCAACAGGCGCUGGCAGAUUGGCUUCACAGUCUCGGAUGGCUCCUUCCAGCAAGUGUCCUUCGUCAACUCCAUUGCUACCACGUCAGGAGGCAGCCACGUCAACUAUAUCGCAGACAAGAUUGGCAAUGCCCUCUUGACCACUCUGAACAAGAGACAGAAGGGCCACUCACUAAAGAUGAACCACAUCCGUAACCACAUCUUCAUCUUUGUCAACUGUCUUAUCGAGAACCCGGCCUUCAACUCUCAGACCAAGGAGCAGUUGACAACCAAGCCAAGCGCAUUUGGGAGCACCGUCACCCUCACCGAUGGAUUCAUCAAGAAGAUCCGCGCCACCGAGGCCAUCGACAACAUCAUGCACUUUGCAGAGAAGAAGGCAGAUAAGAUGCUGGCCAAGAGUGAUGGAGGCAGGCGCUCCCGGAUCAGCAAUGACAAGCUUGUCGAUGCCAACUUGGCUGGAACCAAGCAUGGCCAUGAGUGCACCCUCAUCUUGACCGAAGGUGACUCGGCCAGAGGUCUUGCUGUUGCCGGCCGUGCCGUCCUCGACCCUGACCGCAUUGGUGUCUUCCCUCUUCGUGGAAAGAUGCUGAACGUCCGUGAUGCCUCCAUCGACCAGAUCACAAAAAACAAGGAGAUCCAGUACAUCAAGCAGUUCCUGGGCCUGAAGCACAAGCAGACGUACACGGAUACCAAGAGCCUCCGAUAUGGGCACUUGAUGAUCAUGGCAGAUCAGGACCACGACGGAAGCCACAUCAAGGGCUUGCUGAUCAAUUUCCUCCAAGUCCAAUUCCCCUCUCUCCUCCAGAUCCCGGACUUCUUCAGGGAGUUCAUCACACCCGUAGUAAAGGUCUGGCAGGGUUCUAAUCCCAAGAAGCCCCAGAAACUCCAGUCGUUCUUCAGUCUGCCGCAGUACGAGGAGUGGAAAGCAGCUCACGAGAAAGAGCUCAAGAGAUGGGACAUGAAGUACUUCAAGGGAUUGGGUACCAGUUCCAAUGAAGAUGCCCAAGUCUAUUUCACCAACCUCGAUGAGCACCUGAAGGAGUUCAAGGUGAUGAAGCGCGAAGAGGCAGACCUUUUCGACCUUGCUUUCUCCAAGAAGAAGGCGGAUGCCCGGAAGGAGUGGCUGGGGGCCUUUGUCCCGGGGACAUAUCUCGAUCACUCCACAAAGUCUAUCACGUACUCGGACUUUGUCAACAAGGAGCUCAUUCUCUUCAGCAUGGCUGACAAUAUGCGAUCUAUCCCCUCCAUGAUUGACGGGCUGAAGCCCGGCCAGCGCAAGGUCAUAUUUGCCUGCUUCAAACGGAACCUUGUCAGGGAUCAAAAGGUUGCCGAACUGGCCGGUUAUAUCGGCGAGCAAACAGCCUAUCAUCACGGCGAACAGUCUCUUCAGCAGACAAUUGUUGGCCUGGCCCAGACCUUCGUCGGUUCAAAUAACGUGAACUGCCUCGAGCCAAGUGGAAACUUCGGUUCCCGACUCCAGGGAGGCUCUGAUGCCGCCAGCGCCCGUUACAUCCACACGCGCCUGUCUCCAUUCGCACGACGUGUCUUUUCGGCCCUCGACGAACCCAACCUCGAGGCCCAGUUUGACGAUGACAAGAUGAUCGAGCCCAAGGUCUAUGCUCCGGUUAUCCCCAUGGUCCUCGUCAACGGUGCGGAUGGUAUCGGCACUGGAUGGAGCACUUCGAUCCCCAACUACCAUCCCAUGGACAUCGUGAGGAAUCUCAGACGCCGCAUGGGCAGGCUAGAUGAUGAUGAUACUGAAGAGAAGCCAUUCCUGCCCAUGACGCCAUGGUUUCGUGGCUGGAAGGGCACCCCGGAGCAAGAGGGUCCCAAUAAGUUCAGGUUCAACGGCAUUGCAAAGCAAGAUGAACUGAAUCCCAACGAGGUGGUCAUCUCGGAACUACCGAUCCGCAUGUGGACAGAUGAUUUCAAGUCUCGACUCGAGGACAUCAUUCGGGGCGAGAAAUCGCCUUCUUUCAUCAAGGACUACAAGGAGUUCAACGACCACAAGACGGUCCAUUUCGUCAUCCAGAUGGAAGAGAAGCACAUGAACGCGGCUCUGACUGAGGGCUUGCUCGAGAAGUUCAAGCUUACCAAGUCCCUGGCCACGACCAACCUUGUAGCUUUUGAUACUCAGGGUCGGAUCCGGAAGUACGAGAGCCCCGAGGAGAUAAUGGAAGAAUACUUCAACUUCCGGAUGGCAAUGUAUACGAAGCGAAGGGAGCACUGGCUGAAGGUGUACCACACAGCGUACCGGAAGCUGAAGAACCAGUACCGUUUCAUCCAGGAGAUCAUCGACGGCAAGUUCGUCGUCUCCAAGAAGAAGAAGGCGGUGCUUGUCCAGGAGCUUCGUGAUCGCAAAUAUGAGCCCUUCCCCAAGGAGGAUACCAAGAAGCCCAAGUCUGCAGAGGACGAGGACGAGGACGAGGCCGAGGCCGAGGAUGACGAUGACGAUCAGGUUGGAGGCAGUGCGCGCGAUUAUGAUUAUCUGCUUUCGAUGCCUCUUUGGUCGCUUACUCUUGAGCGGCUCGAGCGCCUGAAGCAGCAAAUCGCGGCGAAGAAGGUCGAACACGACGACCUGGAAGCACUCAGCGCCAAGGACCUCUGGUGCCGGGACUUGGACUCUUUUGUCGAGGAAUGGGAGAACCAGUUGCGCCUUGACGACGAGAUUCAGACCAACAUCCGCAGGAUGGGCCGUCGAGUCUCGAAAAAGAUAGGAGCUGGACGAGGUCGGCGCGCCAAGGGUGAUGACGACUAUCAGCCGGACAAGAAAACUGCUCGAGCGCCGAAAACCACAAAGGUCGAGACAAAGACGCACCAGCGGUUCGCUGAGAUGUUUGCUGCUAAGCCCAAGCCAAAGCCAAAGGCCAGUGGUCUUGGUUCUGAUGGCGCUGAUGACCUGUCCGAUGAUGAUUUCUCCCUACUGGGUAAACCCAAGGCUUCGCAAAAACCGAUGGCAACUUCCACCGCACAACCGGAGGUGUCUAAUGCGCGCAACAAGCGUGCUGCAGCAUCCAAGGCAACGACGUACCUGCUAGAUGAUGAUGACGAUGAUGAUGAGGAUUUCGAAUCCCUCGGCAAGACUGCCAAUCCUCAGAAACCGACACCACCAGUCACUGCACAAACCGAGGUCUCGAAUACUCGCAACAAGCGUGCUGCAGCAUCCAAGGCACAGACGUACCUAGAUUACCAGGAAGGCUCGGAUCAAGAUUUCGAGUCCCUUGGCAAGACUGUUAAUCAUCAGAAACGGUCUGAGUCGGUAUCGCCACCUGCCUCGGUAUCAGCAGUCGAGGAGGUGGAGGUCCCCGAGGCACCGGCACCGGCACGCGGCAAGCGAGCUGCGACCUCCAAAGCCAAGGCCUGGAUUGUUGAUGACGAAGAGUCCGAGAGCGACGGCGAUAACAUGCUGGGCGACGUCGGCGCCAUGGUCAAGGGUAUCGGAGCCCCUGCUACUAGUGGAAAGGGUGGCAGGCUUAGUCUGUUUGCCAUGUCGCGGCCGGAGUCUGGCCACGAGCCUGCCAGUAGCUCUGCGGCCCUCCCCAAAGUCCGGUCAAAGCCCUCUCGGACAUUUGAUUUUGACAGCCACGACGACACAAACUAUGAGGCCCUCGCCAUGUCGUCACCUCGCAAGUCCACUAAGGGGGACGACCUGGAUAGCUUCCUCUCUGACGACGACUUGCCUCCUCCAGCCAAGAUAGCCACCGCUUCCAAGGCCUCCUCAUCCCAGGCUGCCACAUCGAAGGCAAAGGCGCCUCUGAGUGUCGUUCCCGCGCCGGCGAAGAAGGCACGUGGACGGCCGGCCGCGACAAAGGCCAAGCCGAAGCUACCGGUCCCACUCUCGCCGGCCGCCAAGGCGUAUGCUGCGAAGAAGGCCAAGGCAGCCAAGAAGGUGGUCAGCGACGACGACGAGGAUGACGACAUGGUCAUGACGGACGCGCCUCCCAAGGCCGCCCCCCAGCCCCGCGGGCGCCCGGGCAGGGCGGCAGCGGCAAAGGCCAAACCCAUCAUCCUGGAUGACGAGGACUCCGUGGUUGUCGAUGACGAGAGCGAUGCCUUCGCCAUGGAUGACAGUGACUAGCUGAGCCAGCCGGUUGUUGAACCGUUGUCUCCUGUCUUGGGGGUGCCAUCUACGGUUAAUGCGACAAUGCUUGCUCACACACACACCCUUUCUUUGCUCUCUUGCUCUGACACGAUAUUAUG